GCCAUAUCUUGGUCGCCAUGGAACUCCAAACUCUUCGCAGCUGGUGACAAAAAUGGGUUAACACGCGCGUGGCUAGUGGAUCCCACCUCUCCUAUAUCCGACAUCGUUCCUGGCCAAACAAUGGAUUACGGGACGCGCGUCGUCUCGAUUCAUUGGUCCUACAAUGUUAAAGAGUUCCUCACCGUUCACGGUGAGAUAACGUCCAAAUAUAACCCCUCUGAACAUGGCGAGAUCCCGAAAACUAAUACAGUUGUAUCUCAUCAUUAUCCGAGUCUGUACGAGGUCCAUCAUGUGUCGAUGAGCGAUGACGUGCGAGGAAGCGUUUGCGGGAGUGUCAUGAAUAGAGACGAGACGAAGAUUAUUUUGGCAGUUCCG